AUGCUCUUCUGGCCGAGAAAUGAGCAUCCGUUUCAGAGAAUUGAUGACAUUCACCAAAUCGAUCUCGCUUUCCGCUUUCGUCAAUCAAAAAAUCAUGAGCUUUGCGAAGCGAACACGACUUUGUUUAUUGGAAUAAUCUCUCGACCAUCGGAAUUCGAUUUGCGUUCGAUGGUGCGCGAAAGUUGGGCAAAACGAGGUCAAACCUACGAUCGAAAUUUUACCCGAGUCGAAUUUUUCGUCGGCGAACCGAAAGACUUCGAAGAGCGACGUUUAGAGGAGGAGAUGUUCACGCAUCGAGAUAUUUCGAUUCUUAACAUGAAUGAAGACUACUAUGCGUUGCCGCAAAAGACGCUCGCUCUCUUGUUGUACAAGGAACAACGAUGCCCAAAGGUCAAGUGUCUCAUCAAAUCGGACAGUGACAACGUGUUGAAUGUGCGACUUUUCGAGAAGCUUUGUAAUGAGACAGCUGGUGGAGAACGAAAAAUCUUCGGGAAUUGCUCGGUGAAGAGGAAAGUGCAAAGACAUGGGAAAUGGCGGAUACCGAGAUGGUUGAUUCCGCAAAGGGAAUACCCACAAUACUGCUCAACGGGGAUCUACAUGUUCACCGGGAAUCGAACUGUCAAUCAUUUACUUCACGAGGUGAGCAUUUCUGAGUACGCUCGAUCAGCGAAUUUCCGGAAGUUACCCGAAGACGUUUUAUUCAGCGGGAUUUUCCCGGAAAAAGCCAAUAUUUCAAGGAUUACCCUCAGCGGCUUUUCAUUCAAUUCCUCUGUUGUAUCCGACUGUUCAAAUUGUUCCCCAGCAAUCUACAGCCUUCAUAUGACCGAUCAACGAAAAGAUCCGAUUGAGCAUUUCCAACGAAUUCUUGAAUUUUCAAAUCGUAACUGUUCUGCGGUGCAAAAUUUCACUCUUAAUCUUGCAGAUUUU